AUGGAAUCAAAAAAGAAAUUAUCUGGUGCUCAAUUCCGCAAGCGAAAAGCUGUAAAAGAAGCAGAUAUUCAAAAACAAGCAGGAACUCUUAGCAACUUUAUUAAAAAAAUUAAAAAGUCUGACACAGGUUGUAGUGAAGUUGAUUUAGAAGAAAUAAGUGUUAUCGAACCGUGUUCUUCAACAAGUUUUUCUAACGAUUGUUCUAUACCACAACAUGAUUCAAGUGAAUCGCAGCGGUUAGAUUUAAAUGUAGUUGCAGACGAAACUGAGGAAACGGUAAUAAUUAAAAAUUUAGAAGACCCCGCUGAAUGGGGCAUUAUUGACGGAAAACUGCGAGUUGAAUUAGUUGAAAUGGGUCCUAUUCAAAAGAAAAAUAUUAUUUAUCCCAAGGAUACUCACGGUCGCAAAUUUAAUUAUUCAUAUUAUAAUAGAAAAAUGGAAAACGGGGAGUUGGUGCCUAGAACAUGGCUUAUUUAUUCUGAAAAAUUGGAUCGGGUUUUUUGUUUUUGUUGUAAACUCUUUGCAUCUAACGAAACUAAUAGUUUUUUAGAUGGUUAUAGCGAUUGGAGAAAUCUUAGUACAAGUUUGCAUAGACAUGAGACUAACCUAACUCAUAUGAGAAAUUUUUUACAAUGGAAAGACUUAGAUAAGAGCUUAAAAAACAAAACCACGAUUGAUUAUCAGACUCAAAGCUUAUAUGAGAUGGAAAAGAGGCAUUGGAGGAGUGCUUUAGAACGCAUUAUAGAAAUAAUAAAAUUUCUUGCUAGCCAAAAUAUAGCCUUUCGAGGAUCAUCUGAUAAAUUAUAUGAGAGCAACAACGGCAAUUUCUUAAAAUUAAUUGAGCUGUUUGCAAAAUUUGAUCCAGUUAUAGAAAAUCAUAUUCAUAGAGCUCUUCAACCGAACAAUAAAGUUCACUAUUUGAGUAAGAAAAGCCAAAAUGAACAGUUAGAAAUUUUAAGUAAAGCGAUAAGGGAUAAAAUUUUACUCUCGCUACGAAAAUCUAAAUAUUAUUCAAUAAUAUUAGAUUGUACACCUGAUGCAAGUAAAACAGAACAGAUGAUAAUUAUUGUUCGAUUUGUUUCUUUUGAGAAUGAAGUUGUAAAAAUAAGGGAAAAUUUUUUGGGCUUUGUUGAUAUAACCGAUUCCACAGGGCGUGGUUUAUGUUCUACAAUAAUAGAUAAUUUGAAAAAAUGGAACAUUCCCAUUGAAGACAUGCGUGGUCCGGGUUAUGACAAUGGAGCAAAUAUGAAAGGGAAAAAUAAUGGGCUGCAAAAAUUACUUUUAACUAAAAAUCCUAGAGCUUUUUUCGUACCUUGUGCAGCGCACACUCUAAAUUUAAUGAUUAACGAUGCAGCUAAACAACCUUCAGAUACACGAUGGGAAAGUAGGAUUAAUGCAAUUCGGCCCUUACGUUAUCAAUUAGGAGAAGUUUAUGAUGCGCUUUUUGAUAUUGUAAAUAAUGAAAAUUUUAAUAAAGAAAUUCAACAUGAAGCACAAGUAUUAUGUUUAAAAAUAAAGGAUUACAAAUUUAUUUGCUCUCUCAUAAUUUGGCAUGACUUGCUCAAUAGAAUAAACCCUGUGAGUAAAAUGCUUCAAGAUCCAAAUAUAAAUAUUUCACAGGCCUUAGAAUCUAUUGAAAAUUUAAAAAUAUUUAUGCAAGAUUAUCGGUCAGAACUAAAAUUUGAGGAUGUUCUAAAAACUGCAAAAGAACUGAGCGAAGAGGUGGAUGGAGAACAAGAAUUUAAAAGUAGUUCGGAAGUGCGACAACGAAAGAAGAAACGACAAUUUGAUUACGAGCAACACGACGAAUCUCCACGAUCUCCACAAGAAAAAUUUAAAAUUAAGGAAUUAAGAAAAACUAUUGAUAAAACAGGUUUAGAGCAGCACAACAGUGCUGUCGAUAGAGAUGGUUCAUGGGCCACCCAAACUAAGACCAGCUUGCAAUAUAUUUCAAAUAAAAUUGAUGACUCAGAAUUGCUGAUAUCUCUCUCCCUCUCUUAA